AUGAAAUAUUAUCCCAUAUUAUUUGAAAUAGGUCAAGAAAAAAUUAGAUAAUCAUAUGAUGGAUGCAAAUAUUUGCUUUAGAUAUGGAAUUAAUCACAAUAAAAGAUAUUUGAACUUCAUUUGAACUUCCAUAUAUCCUUUUGUAACGAAAGCCUAUUCGCAGCUUCUAAAAGUUUAAUACAAAUAGUACACAUCCCAUAAAAAUCUUUUUAAUUUGAAAAUCGCACCAUCUAAAUAAAAAAAGAUUCUGUCCUGACAAUUAACCCUGAGCUUAAAAUUCAUGGACUUCUCCUAGAUAAAUAGAGCUCAGAAAAAGGGGAGACAAUUGUGGUAUUUGAGACUCUAGAUAAUCAACUAGACUUUAAUAGAAUUUAAUUACUGAAUCUAAAUGAACAAGAUGACUCCUUCCCAGAGAAAAGUUAUAAAUUUUUAUAGUGCGGAGAAAUAAAACCCAGAUCAAACUUUACUUUUGAUCCAAUAAAAAAGGUUUGCAUGAUUUUCUCUAAAGACAUAUUGUAUGCCGUCUCCCUUAGAAAUUCAGGUUAAAUUGAUUUAUAUUGGAAUAUGAUUAGAAAAUCUUCUGAAAAUAAUAAACCUUUUAUUGAUGUGUCAAUGAGUUUAAAUGAGUUCUACUUUCAAUCAGAUCAUAAUUCCUAUCUUAAACUUGCACAUAAAAAUAAAUCAGAUAUCACUUUACAAGAAGCUAUUUCAAACUCUGAUGAAAAUUUCACAAUGGAUUAAAUACAUACUAAAAUCACACAAAAUGUCAAUAAAAUAUUCUCUGGAUUCUAGUAUCUUACUCAUAACAGUAGAAAUGUUUGUAUUUUGACUCAUGGGAAAUUUCUGUCUGUAUUUGACAUAUUAGAUGACAAGUGGGUUAGUCAUAUUUAAUUUAAUGAUGAGAUCAGAGCAAUUUUUAGAUUGAAUUCUCAAGACGAUUUUCUGCCUGCAGUACUACUUAAAAAUGGAUCAAUCUAUUAAAAGGUUUUAGUAAGAUUUUUUGAAUAAUAAGAAGAAAUUCCAGAAAAUGAGAGAGAUUUUUACUUAGAGGGCAGCAUUAUAAGAAUUCAAAUUGAUUAAGAAAACUUUGAGGCUGUUUAUUUUACAAUUCUUAAAGAUGAUAUUCAUCAACUUAAGGUUUUAUGGAAUGAUACUAUCUAUGAUUUUGAGGUAGUCGAUCCCAAAGAAAACCUUAAUGUUGUUUAAUUGUAGGCAACUGUUUAAGAUGCUUAAACAUUGAUCGUUGUUUAGAAUGGAUUUUCUUUUAUAGUAUACGAAUAAAUUUACCCAGAGGGAAAGCUUUCCUGGAAUCUGAUUUAUAAAUACAGAGAAUUCCCUGAAGUGACAGGAAUUCUUUUCACAGGAAAUGCAUACAAAAUAAGUGAAGAUUUCUUUUCAUUCGACAAUAAAAAUCUCUAUGUUUUUAAAAGAGGAAGUCCUGAUGAAAUAAAGGUGUACAAAAAUAUUUAUUGCACAGGUCAUAUCGGCAUUAACAGUUUGUUCAACUAUGUUACUUGCUAAUAGACCUCUGAUUCAGAGUGUCAAGGUCUAAGAUUCUUUAAUAGAGAAAGACUAGUAAAGGAGGACAAACUAGAUAUGAUUCUAAUUAAGUAAAUAGAUAUAGGAGCACUGGGUACACUUGAAAUCAAUUAUAAUUCAUCUAGAAUUGGUUUAAUGAAAUCUGUUACAGAUGUUAUUGUAAUUCCUGUCUUGAAUUUUCUGCCAAUCAGAUUCAUAGGAUCUAAAGAAUCAAGUGAAUACACUCUAUUCAAGUAAUUAGAGGAUAAGUAAAUAGGUCUUUAAAAAGAUGGCUUGCUUGUUUCAUGGAAUACUGUUAAUGGAAAACCAUUUAGAGAAAUUCUUCUAGAAAACCACAACUAUACUGACUACGAAUGA